AUGUUAAGAACUAGACAAUCUUUAAAAGCAUUUAAUGUUUUUACUAGAAGAAAUUUAGCUACUCAAGGUUUCAAUAUACCUGAAGAAUUUCAAUCUAGAGCUCCACCUUAUGAAAAAUUAAUCAAUAAUUUAAAUCAAGUUAAUAAAGUACUUGGUGAUAAACCAUUAACUUUAGCUGAAAAACUUUUAUAUUCACAUUUAUGUGAUGUUGAAGAAAGUUUAAGUGGAGCUAAUGGAGAUUUAUCAAAAAUCAGAGGUCAACAAUAUUUAAAAUUAAAUCCUGAUAGAGUUGCAAUGCAAGAUGCUUCAGCUCAAACGGCUUUAUUACAAUUUAUGACUUGUGGUAUGCCAAAUACUGCAGUACCAGCUUCAAUUCAUUGUGAUCAUUUAAUUGUUGGUAAAUCAGGAGCUGAAGAUGAUUUAGUUUCUUCAAUUGCUACCAAUAAAGAAGUUUUCGAUUUCUUACAAAGUUGUGGAGAAAAAUAUGGUAUUCAAUUUUGGGGUCCAGGUUCAGGUAUUAUUCAUCAAAUUGUUUUAGAAAACUUCUCAGUACCAGGUUUAAUGAUGUUAGGUACUGAUUCUCAUACUCCAAAUGCUGGUGGUUUAGGAGCUAUUGCUAUUGGAGUUGGUGGUGCUGAUGCUGUUGAUGCAUUAACUGGUACUCCAUGGGAAUUAAAAGCUCCUAAAGUUAUGGGAGUUAAAUUAACUGGUAAAAUGACUGGUUGGACUUCUCCAAAAGAUGUUAUUACCAAAUUAGCUGGUAUUUUAACCGUUAGAGGUGGUACUGGUUAUAUUGUUGAAUAUUUCGGUGAAGGGGUUAAGAAUUUAUCAUGUACUGGUAUGGCAACUAUUUGUAAUAUGGGAGCAGAAAUUGGUGCUACUACUUCAACUUUCCCUUAUCAAGAUGCUCAUCGUAGAUAUUUAUAUCAAACUCAUAGAGGUCCAAUCGCCGAUGCUGCUGAUUUAGCCAAUGGUAAAUAUAAUUUCUUAACUGCUGAUGCUGAUGCUGAAUAUGAUAAAGUUAUUGAAAUUGAUUUAAGUACUUUAGAACCUCAUAUUAAUGGUCCUUUCACUCCAGAUUUAUCAACUCCAAUUUCUAAAUUUGGUGAAACCCAAAAACAAGAAAACUGGCCUGAAAAAGUUUCUGCUGGUUUAAUUGGUUCAUGUACUAAUUCAUCUUAUCAAGAUAUGAGUAGAGCUGUUUCAAUCAUUUUACAAGCAGAAAAAGCCGGUUUAAAACCAAAAAUUCCUUUCUUUGUUACCCCAGGUUCUGAACAAAUUAGAGCUACUAUUGAAAGAGAUGGAUUAACUGAAACUUUUGAAAAAAAUGGUGCUAUUGUUUUAGCUAACGCUUGUGGUCCUUGUAUUGGACAAUGGGAUAGAACAGAUAUUUCUAAAGAUUCAAGUGAAACUAAUGCUAUUUUCACUUCAUUUAAUAGAAAUUUCAGAGCUAGAAAUGAUGGUAACAGAAAUACUAUGAAUUUCUUAACUUCUCCUGAUGUUGUCACUGCUAUGAUUUAUUCCGGUGAUAUGAAUUUCAAUCCUUUAACUGAUGCUAUUAAAUUACCUAAUGGUGGAGAUUUUAAAUUCUCUCCUCCUGAAGGUAAUGAAUUACCUGAUGAAGGUUUCAUUAAAGGUAGAAAUGAAUUUUACCCUGAAUUAAAUCCUCAACCAAAACCUGAUGUUAAAGUUGAAGUUUCCCCUGAAUCUGAUAGAUUACAAAUCUUAGAACCUUUCCAACCUUGGAGUGGUGAAGAAUUAUCCACUAAUGUUUUAAUUAAAGUUGAAGGUAAAUGUACUACUGAUCAUAUUUCAGCUGCUGGUGCUUGGUUAAAAUAUAAAGGUCAUUUAGAAAAUAUUUCUUAUAAUACUUUAAUUGGAGCUGUUAAUAAAGAAACUGGUGAAGUUAAUACUGCUUAUGAUUUCAAUGGUGAUAAAUAUGGAAUCCCUGAAUUAAUGAUUAAAUGGAAACAAGAUGGUCGUCCUUGGAAUGUUGUUGCUGAACAUAAUUAUGGUGAAGGUUCAGCUAGAGAACAUGCUGCUUUAUCACCAAGAUUUUUAGGUGGUUCAAUCAUUUUAGUUAAAUCAUUUGCUAGAAUUCAUGAAACUAAUUUAAAGAAACAAGGAAUGUUACCUUUAACUUUUGCUAAUGAAAGUGAUUAUGAUUUGAUUUCUUCAGGAGAUUUAUUAACCACUAUCGACUUAAAAGAUAUGAUAGCUAAAGACGGUAAUAAUGGAGGUAACUUAAGAAUGAAAGUUACCAAGAAAGAUGGUUCAACUUUCGAAAUCUUAUGUAAACAUACCAUGUCAAAAGAUCAAGUUGAUUUCUUUAAAGCUGGUUCAGCCAUUAAUCAUAUUGGUAACUUAAAAAGACAACAAUUGUAA